UGUACAAAAAAUCAACAGACCUCCAUUAACCCAAAACCCAACAAAAGCAGCGAAAAAAGAUCGAUUUCUCCAUUCUUCUUCUAGAUUCGAGAUUUUCCUGAAACGAUGAUGCUUGGUGAGCAACACCGUCCUCAUACUUCCGUUCACGUUCCUCCGUGGACGGCCGUCGACGACAAUUCCUCUGAUUUCUACAGCCCACACUCCGCCGGCGGCGAGGGCAUUGUCUCCUCCCCUGCUUCCCAUCACUACAACCCCUUCUACGUACAGGAAGCUCUGUCAGCGCUGCAGCGAUUCCUCCCCUCCAACGACACAGAUUUGCACCCGGGUCUCGACCACGACUCCCUUGUCGAAGCCUACUCCUGCGAUCACUUUAGGAUCUACGAAUUCAAGAUCCAACGGUGGGCCUAAGGCCACUCCCACGACUAGACAGAGUGCCCCUACGCUCUCCCCGGCGAGAAAGCGCGCCGGAGGGAUCAGAGGAAGUACCAUUACUCCGGCACGGCAUGCCCUGAGUUCCAAAAGGGGAACUGCAAGAAGGGCGACGGCUGCGAGUUCGCUCACGGAAUGUUCGAGUGCUGGCUCCACCCGGCCCGGUACCGCACCGAGCCGUGUAAGGACGGGACUAAUUGCAAGAGGCGGGUCUAUUUCUUUGCUCACACGCGGAGCAACUCCGGGUUCUGCCUCAGAGCCCGAGGAGUACCGAGUCGUACGAUGGAUCGCCAUUCCGCCAGGCGAUUGAGUCUUCCUGUGCUUGGACUCUACCAUUCAUGACUUCGUCGCCAGGUUCUGUCUCGCCCCCCGAGACGGACUCGCCGCCGAUGUCGCCGAUGACGACUCAGCAGACGCUGAGCCGCUCGCUGGGUUCCAACUCAAUCAACGAGAUGAUGGUGUCUCUCCGGAACUUGCAGCUGGGUAAGGUGAAAUCCCUACCUUCGGCCUGGAUUGGAGCCGGUGGCGGCGGUGGAGGGGGAUCCCGGUACAGGUCUCCUCGCGUCGGGUCGCUCCUCCGACCCGGUUUCUGCAGUGUUCCGACGACCUCGAGCGGGCUCGGGUACUCGGCCGAUUUCUGGGACAAAGUGUGCGAGGAAGAGCCAGCAAUGGAGAGGGUGGAAUCCGCGAGGGAUAUCAGGGCGAGGAUGUUCGACAAAAUUAGCAAGGAGAACAUGCUGGAGCGGGGCGGCCCGAGGCCGUAUUCGGCGGUCGGAGGUCUGGACGUGGAUUGGAUUUCGGAGCUGGUUCAGUGAUCAAUGGGUCGCGGGCCCGGAUCUGGCUGUGCAUUUUGUCGUUUUCCUUGGGAGGAUAUGGCUUUUCUUUUCGGUAUAUGGAUGGCUUUUCGUUCUGGUUUCUUCUCAGUUUGUACAUAUGGCGGCGACCGCCGGAGGAGAUACGACAAGGCGGUGGCUUUUGGGGUGAAACGGCGGUUGAAAAAAAAAAAGUGAAAGCAUGAAAAAAAUCCACAAAAAUUGUAAUUUUAGAAGAAUGUGCAUAUGUCUUUUGUCAAGAUUAUGAUUUGAAGGAAGUUGUGGCGGCUGCCGAAGACUGGUGAUCUCUAUUUUGGGGGAAGAUUAGCAAUUUUCAGAAGGAAGAGGUGGCCGAUGAAGCUGGCAAAAAACAAAAAGUAGAAGGAGAUAUUUCUGUACAGGCUGUGGGUGGCGGCGGGCGAAUACUAUUUCAGUUAUUUUACUUUUUAAUUUUUCACUAAAAAUAAAAACUGCGGUGGAAGAAUUCGUCUCUCUUAAUAUUUUUCCACUUUGUUAAUUGCUUAAUUAAUGUGUGGUUCAGUGUCAGACCUAGUCAGUAGCAUUAAGAUGAUGAUUAUCCAGACUUUGAAGUUAACGAUAUUGUUAGUGUUAUUGUAAGGGUAUAUUUUGUAAAGAGCCUGCUUUGCUUAUGGUGGGCUCGUUUUCCCCCUUCCCAAAUGCAGAAAGAUGAAUUUAUAUUUUUAUUGUUAACUAUUCUGUGUCUGGUUUUGUGGUAUGGUGGUUGGGGUAGAUAAUGCUUUGUAUUAAUAAUUAAUUAUGUGCUUAGUAUAUAGUAAACUGGUAUUAAGUAAAUGCGGUUAUGGUGG